AUGGAGCUGUCCAAGCAGAAAGUUGAGCUGCUCGAGGACAAAGCUACUCUGACCAAGGAGCUUCUGGAAGCUCGAGAUGCCCUGAAGAAAGCCAAUGAAUCUAGGGAGAAGUUCAGGGAAAGUGCCAAGCUCAACUAUCAAAAGGCUGUACAGCUCGAGCUUGACCUGGUCGCUAGCAGGCAGGAGGUAGAAGAACUCAGAAAACGAGUGCAAGAGCUUGAGGAGGCUGGGGCCAAGGAUUUGGAGAAACAUGGACUCCGAGCAAUUCUAACCCUUACUGCCGGUCGGCUCCGCUCGGGCGCCGUCACCGAGCAGUCCAGGACUUUGGUGCAACGACACAUUGAAGAACUCAAAGCCGCCGAUGUGAAAUACGCUGAGCAGCUUGAGGCAGUGCUUGAGGAGAAGAAUAAACUGGCUGCGGAGCUAAGGGAGAAGUAUACUGCUCUAGAUAAGGCCAUUGAUCAAAAAGACAACUUCAAGGAGUCUAACCGUAUCAACUAUCGUGAGGCUAAAAAGUUCGAGCAUGAGUUGGUUGUGAGUAGACAAGAGACUACAACCUUGGAGGGCCGUAUCAAGAAGCUUGAACAAGCCAACGCCAGUAAUUUGGAAAGGUCGUGA